AUGUUGAACUUCCAAGCAAUGGGAUGCCAUAAUUUGGCAUAUGUAGUACUUGGGCAAUUCUUGGUCUUAAAAAAAAACAAAGAAUUAUUCCAAGAAUGGAUGAAAGAUGCAUGUUCUGCUAAUGCAAAGCAGUCUAAUGAUUGUUAUGGGUGCCUCUCUGAUUGGUGUGAAGAAUUUUUGUAA